AUGCUCAAACGUCAGAUAGGCAAUCGAGUUGUGGCUUCUAUCAUGUCAAUUGCCACUGAUACUUAUCCAUUACUUCUGUGUAUCAUGUUACAGCAUGGGCAACUACAAAUUACAAAUAAAAUUCGUGGUACAAUGUCAUGUGAUGAAGUAUAUGAGGAACUUGUGAGUGCUCAUGAUAAGUUCAAUCGUCGUGUUGAGACAUUCAAUAUAUUAGAAGAUAGCUCUUUGGUAUCCAAUGAGUUUUUAACAAUUCUAUUAAAAAGUUCAGCCGAAUAUGUUGAAAUAGCAAACAAACUGGCCAUUUCACAUAGACGAAUCUUACGCGUAUAUAAUAUUGAUGUUCUUGAUUGGCUUAAAGAUUAUACACAUCAGAAAACGAUAAUUGAUGCUCGAAUUGGUCAUGAACAAACGGAACUUCUUCUCUUUCAUGGAUGUACUCCUUCAGCUGCUGAUAGUAUAAUUCAACAUCGAUUCGAUCAUGAGCUUAUUGGUCUACAUGGAGCAUAUUACGGUCAUGGAUUUUAUUUUUCUUCAUGCUCUUAUACCAGCCAAGAGUACGCAAAAGCAGAUCUAUCAAGUAAAGAGAGUGCAAUACUUAUAUGUCGUGUAAUUGUUGGUGAAAGUUGUAUUGAAGCCGAUGCUUUACUCCUUGUUGAACAAAACCUUGGUCGCGGUUAUUGGUUUCCAUUUGAUGAAAUUAAAUCGAGUGAAACGCGAGCUCUUGCCGCUAAACGAAUUACUAGCAAAAUAUGUCCAUACGAUUUUGAACUUGUAAAUGUAAUUAAAAUUCGUUGUAGUGAUCUAUUACCAUGUUUACCAAGUACACAAACAUAUUAUCUUCUUACUAAAGGACGACUAAACCGUGGUAAUGGAUCGACUUUAGUCAAUUCAAUAUGGAUGAAUUUUGAGCGAAUGAAGACAGCUGUCAAAAAUCGAGAAUUACUAGGACUUGAACCAUUUUAUUUAUUAAAAACUAUCAUAGAACGUCAACAAGCUAAUGGAUGGGACGAUUUUAUAUCCGGUGGACAAAUAUUCGAAGAGCCAAUACUUCAAUUUAUCGAUUGUAAGCAACCUGAUCCAAAUAAUCAAUUAAUUGCAUCACCACAAGAACAGCUGAUGGGUUCAGCGAAAUUUAAUACAAAAUUACAAGAACGUAUAUUUAAAGAAUUUUAUUCAUAUACAUUUCCUAGUGAAUAUAUGAGUUAUCAAGCAUUUACUGAAGCCAUGGAUAACAAAUUAUCAACAGUAGAAAAAACUAAAAUGCAAGCUUAUUUUCGAGCUUUUGAUGCUCAACAAAAAUCUUAUUUAACUUAUUCAGAUUAUUUACUUGGAUUAGCAGCUAUGGAUCCAAGUACUUCACAUGGAGGAGCUCCUGCUGAACAAAGAUGUCGAUAUAUAUUUCGUUUUUAUAAUAUAAAAAAUAAUGGAAAUAUGUCUGUAGAAGAAUUCCGGUAUGUAUUUUAUAUAUUAACAAUAAGUUUGAUACAAUAAGCAUGUCAAUUAUAGUAAUCUUAAUUUUCUUUUUGUUCGUUUUCAUUUCCUAU